AUGAAUGGUAGUGGAGUCUGCACCAGCAUGAGAUGCAUGUAUUUCCCUUCAAGUAAAGCACUUGGUAAGUAUUCAACCUAUUUCCAUGUUCAUCUUGCCCUCUCCGGAUUUCCUGUGUUGGUCCUGCAAGAAUGGAUGCCAGUUGCUAAAUCCUUUAUUGACAAAGCUUGUUUGGUUAACACAGCUGGAUAUUGACCUUGUUCUUAUUUGUAUCGUUAUUGACCUUGACUUGUUUUAGUCCCAAAAAAUGUGUAAAAGAACUUUGCCCUUAUCGAGCCAUCUAGACCUUAUGCUUUGCCACUAAUGCAUAAUUAUGCAUAAUGAGAAACGUAGAGGAUAUUACAAUGGUUUUGAACACUAAGAAGAGAAAUUUUGAUCUCCAGGCAGCCAUGUAAUGAAGAAUUGGUUCAUGCUUGGGGUGUGUAUGUCGAGUUGUGGAUGCAUGCAGAAAUUUUGGAGAGCUUGAGAGAAACGUAAGAGUUGCUCAAGGUAUAGCCAAGAGCAACUCUAGCUUCUUGAGUGCUCUUUAAACUUCCCAAGUGAAUCCAAAAACCUAAAUAAUUUUUACUCUCACCUCGUAGCUAGUUUAACCCCAGUUAGUAACAAGGCUUAGUUUCGUCUUUCGUCUUACUCUUACCUCGUAGCUAGUUUAACCCCAGUUGGUGACAGGGUUUAGUUUCGUCUGUGGCACAGGCUACUCAUUGCUCGAUGACUUCAUUGUAGCCUGGUUAGCUCAGUUGAGAGAGCAUCGGUCAAAUAGCCAAGAUGUGUUUGAGAUAACACCUGGUAUAUUUUUGUGCAUUAAUUUUUUGAAACAAGCUCAGUAGGUGCAAUUUUUUUGCACAAAUCGUCUUCUCUUUCAAGAUCUCCAGGCACACGAAAUAAAGCUUGUUGCUGACUUUGAGCAGGGCGGAUAAGUGUGUGCGUACCAAAUAUUCAGUGAAAAAGUUUGGCCCAGGGCAUGACCUGGCUCUGUGGAUCCACCUCACUCUUUGUAUGUCUUAAUAACUGGAACAAAAUCUGCUUCUCUUCCCUAUUUCAUAGGUAACCUCACCAUUGGGAUCCAUUCUUCAUCAGGAGAAUUCUUGCGAGAAGAGACUUCCAACAUAAAAAUACAUUUUGUUGGAAGGUUUGCAGUGGGAUCAGCGUCUGUCAGCAAGACAGUCUUCUUGGAUAAGGAUAUUUACAGGAGACAUGUGAAGCUUACCAAGGUUGAUGCAAACAGAUGGGAAACACUUGCAAGU